UGCGCUGAAAAUGCUCUGGUGAUAGCCAGCCUAAAGCUGCAGGUGGGGGCCGUGACCAGGGAGAGGGAAGAGGGAAUUUGCUAACUUCUAAUUUAACCCCUAAUAGCUGGAUAUUAGCCAACAUUUAUGUGAUACUUUUAUUAUUUCAUCACGACAGCCACCCGAGAGGUAGGACGUCUUAUCUCCAUUCUACUGUGAGGAAACUGAAACUCAAGGAGUUAUCUAUUCAAGAUCGCACGCUAAUAUAUGGCAAUGAUGGCUCUGGAGGCCAGGUCUUCUCAGUCUUGUCCUGCUCUUGCAUAUUGCUUUCAUGUGGUGCCUGCUCCAAAAUCUGCUGCCAGAGCUUCUCCCUGCACGCGCUGUGCUCUGCAAAGGGCCCAGUGUUGAUUCCCAUUACUCUCCUUGUGUGCUUAGCCUCUCUGUACCUGGUUCAGGACGAAUUAAGCAAGACUUAACUUAGAAGGGAACUGGCUGUAUAUAAUGCAGCAAACACCAAGGUGACACUUGUUGUUUGUACUACCAGAGAUUGAAGCCAAAAUUCUUAUCGAAACUGAUUUGUAAAAAUCUUGUAAGUGACAGCUCCAUAGAACACCUCAGUUCCCUAGGGUCACCUAAAGGUGAAAAAGGGUGGUUCUUAGCCCUUUCAGGGGAAUUUUUAAACCCCCAACCAUCUCUGUUGCAAGAAGCUGCUUUUUCAGAGGAAUGUAGCAUGUUUUUCAUCACAUUCCUGUUAUCAGAGCAAAGAGAAAUCAGUGGACUGGAACAGUAACUUAGUGGAAAAGACUGGAUCUGCUGAUUUUGAAACUUUUAUCCAGGAUGGAGCCAAAGAAAACAUUCACUUCCCCCAGUGAUAUCCCAUGAGCUUGAUCCACCCCCUCCCACCCCUUUUCCUUGCAGAGGAUAAGGAGACCUGUGUGGGUACCAACAAUCAAAGCUACAUCUGUGAUACAGGACACUGCUGUGGACAGUCUCAGUGCUGCAACUACUACUAUGAACUCUGGUGGUUCUGGCUGGUGUGGACCAUCAUCAUCAUCCUGAGCUGCUGCUGCGUCUGCCACCACCGCCGAGCCAAGCACCGCCUUCAGGCCCAGCAGCGGCAGCAUGAGAUCAACCUGAUCGCCUACCGGGAAGCCCACAAUUACUCAGCGCUGCCAUUUUAUUUCAGGUUUUUGCCAAACUAUUUACUACCUCCUUAUGAGGAAGUGGUGAACCGACCUCCAACUCCUCCCCCACCAUACAGUGCCUUCCAGCUACAGCAGCAGCAGCUGCCUGCGCAGUGUGGCCCUGCAGGCUGCAGCCCCCCAGGCGCCGAUUCCACCAGGGGCUCCCAGGGGGCGCAGAGCAGCCCCUUGUCUGGGCCCAGCAGAAGCAGCACGAGACCCCCGAGUGUCGCAGACCCUGAGCCCUCCGACGUGCCAGCUGACCCAGCAGCCACCAAAGCCCCCGGAAUGGAGCCCAGCAGCUCUGUGGCCGGCCUGGGGGAGCUGGACCCUGGGGCCUUCCUGGACAAGGAUUCAGAAUGUAAGGAGGAGCUGCUGAAAGAUUAUAGCUCCGAGCAGGGCAGCGCUCUCCCCGACAGCAAGGACAAGACGCCUGGUAGACAUCGCCGCUUCACGGGCGACUCGGGCAUCGAGGUGUGUGUGUGCAACCGGGGCCACCAUGACGACGACCUCAAAGAGUUCAGCGCGCUCAUUGACGAUGCUCUGGAUGGGCCCCUGGACUUCUGCGACAGCUGCCACGUGCGGCCCCCUGGCGACGAGGAGGAAGGGCUCUGCCAGCCCUCCGAGGAGCAGGCCCGAGAACCCGGGCACCCCCACCUGCCACGGCCGCCUACGUGCCUGCUGCUGAACACCAUCAAUGAGCAGGACUCCCCAAACUCCCAGAGCAGCAGCUCCCCCAGCUAGAGCAGGCCCCGCUGCGCCUGAGAACUUGGCAAAGCAACCAGGGUAGGGGAGAACCACGAGAGAAGCAUUAAAUGACUUUCAGAGAAAGUGGGACAGCCACUUCGUUCUUUUUUUUUUCCCUCCACUCCUGCAUUUUCCUAUAUCUCCAGGUACAGUGUGGGGCAUGGAUGCCUCUCUCCCUACAGAAGCACAGUGUUGUGGAGGUCUGAGAAGUUGGUUCUGAGACUCAUUCCUCAUACCCUACCCCAUCCCCUCUGUUCCCUUUUCAAAUCAUGUCUCACUGCCUGCUGGGGUCAGAGAGAUGUGGGUUUUAGAAGCCCCGAAGGAAGGGGUCUGAGACUGUGCCCUGAGGUGACUCUUGGUGAUGGAGUAGACUUAUGCUCUGGCGUUAGUGUAAGAGAACCUUGCUCUGUCUCAGCCCUGGGUGACAAAGGAAGCCUACAGAGGCCCGGAGAUUGUCACCCCUCGCUGCCAGUGUCUACAGAGGUGGAAUUGGGCUAAUCCUGUGGGAGGAUGAGAGCUGACGGGCAGUUGUGGGGUAAAUUGUUUGGGGGGCUUGUUGCUCUCUCAAAUUCCAGGUGACAAGAUUGAUGCCCCACUGUGCAUCCUUGAGGGGCCCUUCCCAGCAGGUUCUGGUUGGCCACAGACUGGUUCAGGUGUGGAAGAUUAUACCACCUUCUCUUUGUUUUUUCUUUUUUAAAAAAACCAGCAAAAGCGAGCUGAAAACAAGAACUUUACCAGUGGGCAGACAAGAAUUCUGUUCUGGAAAAGGGAACUUUGUGGCUCUUUCCCAAGUCGGCCUCCAAAGAGCCUGGCUGCAGUAGAGCCAGAAGGAGAUGUCUUGUGUGCAGGCUUGGGUGGGGUACCUGGAACUUCUGGGGGUGCGCAGGAAGCCCUAAGCCAUGGCGGUGGACAGAGGUGCAGCUUUCUGCAUCUCUGCCCUUUGGUCUGUGCCCACAGGUGACCAGGGCCCUCUCCAUCCCAAGCAUAGUCUGCCGUCCUUCAUGUCUCACUGUUGUAUGUGAACAAAUGAGGAGGCCAUGGGUCCUGAGAAAGGGUGGCCCCAUAGGCUGGCUCUCACACAGUAUUUUCUCUUGAUUCUGAAUAAGUUGUUUGUUGUUGUUUUUUUUUUUUUAAACUGACCACUUGGAAAAAAUGCCUUUGUUAUCUGUGAUUUUUAUGCCCUUUCCCUGCCCCCGCUUCUGAGUCGGGUAACUAAUUUUUGUAGCCCAUGUAAAGAGCCUAAGUGGCCCAGGUGGGAGGAUGAAGGCAGCCGUCCAGAAGGACCACAGGAUCCUAUUACUGUGGUUUGGCUUCAGAUAACUAGUCGAACUUUGAUAGGAAUAAUCUGAAUGGAGAAAGCAAAUAGCCGAAACUAACAUUCCCUGUCCAGCCCUGUUCAUAUGAAGAGUUUGGUUCUUCCCCCUCUCUUGAACAAUGACAUUCAGACUAGGCAUUGAUGUUACAAGAAAGGAAAAAAAAAAAUAAAUAAAAUAUAUAUAUAUAUAUAUAUAUAUAUAUGUACACAAAAAUAACAAAUCCAAGGCUGUGAGGUGAACGAGUGUCUGCGUUUGGAGUCCACAACACCAAAAUCCAUGUUGAACAAAGUGAAGUCCGUAUACAGUGACUUUUUGGAUAACCUGUGUAUGUCUGUCUGUUGUGUGUGAGCCUCCAGCCCUGUUUUCCUGUGAAUAUACUUUGAAUGGCAGCCAUUCUGCUCACGUUAACCACACGUUUGGAGCAGAUAUGGCCCUCUCAAGGUAAUUGAUUUUACGCAUUUACUGUUUACUGAACAAAUGUCUGACUGUGUGCUCGGGUGUAUUUAGCAGCAUUGUCGACGGCAGUCCCCUGUGUUUGCCAGAGAUACUGUGCUCGAAGUAGAGGUUUUACUCUACCUGUCACUGCAAUUUGCACAUUGCUCCGUGGACGCUCAGAGGCCUGUGUUCUGUUCCCUGUAAAUGGAGACGUGCUCUGAACCCGUCUGCCCCCCUUGGCUGCUCCUGGCCUUCGAUGUCAACCCCCAGUGGGUGUCCACAAGCACUCGGGACAGAAGGCGAAGGUGGAACUUCAGACAGAAGCUUGAUUGGAUCUUCAGUGACAAGCUUGGACUAGCUGUGGCCCAGAC